CUUUUGCUUUACCGCAUCGCGAUUCGCAAGUGAGAUGUUUUAGCGUUUUAGGGAUUUUACUUAACAGUUUUACUUCUCCAUCGUACUCUAUUACCUUCCCGCUCUUUUGAUCGCAUUCUGAAAUUGGGAUUUUAACUUCACCUACAUGGACACAGAAAUAUCAGGAUGGAUCCUCGAAUUCAUUAUCAGAGAACCAACUGAUGAUCGUUUGGCGAAUGUUUUACUUGAUGUUCUUCCUUUACCAGACGAUGAUCCUCGCCUGAUGAAGACAAUACUGUUGAGGAGAAUCCGUUCGGAAGUCUCAACUGGUUUGAUCUCAGAAAGGACUCUGGAAUCUCUGGAAAUGAUUGAAGAUUUAGAUUACACAGAGGGAGAAGCAGUAUUGGAUUCGAUGAAGGCAGCUUAUUGUGCGGUCGCAGUGGAUUGCACAGUUAGGUUUCUGAGGGAGAAAUUGGACGGGGAUGAUCUUUAUUUCAAUGCAGUUAAGAAGAUUUGGAGGCGUAGGAUUCAUAAGAUGAAAAUAUCGGAGAAUGUUGGUUUGGCAUCAGAUCAGUUGAAGGCUUGGAGGAUUGAGAUUGAGGCCGCAACAUGGGAUGAAAUUGUUUGUGAGCGGAUUUUAAUGAAAGAUACGUUCGGUGAUGCUCUUAAUUUGGUUAGAGUUUACUUAGAAGAGGCUUGGGAAGCUAUGGGCCCUUCAUUUUUGGAGUUUGCGGCUCAAACGGUGAUCCAGGGGGAGGAAGGAGUGCGAAUCAUGGAUAAUCAUUUGAUAGACUGUGAAGUUGGAGCGGAAGCUGGGCGUUUAGCCGAGGUGCGUAAGGUGUCGAACAGCGACAAUGGAGUUGCAUCUGGAGGUAAUUGUAGCAGUAUGGUUGUAGUUUCGUCGGAGGAUAGACAUAAAGAGAUGCCUCAAUCAUCGAAGUUAGAAAAAACUGGGGAUGGGAUAACAGGUAAUAUAUAUGAUUUCCUGCCGUCACCUGAAGUUAACAGAAUUCAGGAAGCACUUAAAUCUAGCUCUAUGGAACUACAGGCAUUGGUGAAAGAUCCUCUUCCUGAUGCAUUAGAUUUUGCAUCAAGAGUUGUUUCUGACAUUGGAAAUAAAAAGAAGGAUAUUGUGCCGUCAGAAGAAAACCAAAAUGUGAUGGAUUUGGAACCGAACUGUUCUGUCCAUGAGCGUGAUGGAGCUGUUGAAGCCAAUGAAAAUGUUUGUGGUGAUAGCCAUGCUGGGCAUCAGAAUGAUGUGGAAAGAUCGAGCUUAAUGGAACGCAAUAGUACUGCCCGUACUUGUGAGUGGGAUGAUAGUUCAGUUGAGGGCUCACCCGAACAUUCUAGAAAAAUUCACCUUCGUAGCCCAAAGAAAAGGUCGCUUGUUUCUCCUUUGAAGAAGGUUGAAAUCAAUAAAUUUGCUAGAAGGAGAAAAGCUAAGAAAUGGAGUUCAUUGGAAGAGGACACUUUGAGAAUUGGUGUAGAAAAGUAUGGAAGAGGGAAUUGGAAACUCAUCUUAACUAGCUACCCAGAUAUAUUUGAGGAGAGAACUGAGGUUGAUCUAAAGGACAAGUGGCGAAAUAUGGUCCGGUGAUAUGUUAAUGAACUUUUUUGGAUCUUAUGAAAGAGGACCAAUUUUGGCUCACAUACUCUGCAAGAUGGACUACUGCAAAAUGGUUUAUAGAGGGAGAUUUGCAUUGGCCAUGGACACCACAAGUGUGGUCCCCUCUAUUUUAGACGAGGAAAAACACUGAAUUUUAUUUCGAGUAUGUAGUUCCUUCUUCUGUUUGUACCUAUUCUUCUGUUCGUUGGUUUUCCAGCCACAAUCCUAGGGGAAAGGCAAUGUUAAAUUGAGUUUUUUUGGGUAUAGUUUUCUCUUCACAGUAUUUGUAUGUUGGAUCAUCUUGAAUAGGCUUACCCAUGUAUCUAUUUGGUUUAGAGGAAGUGAACUGAAUGUUGUUCUUGGUGCUA